AUGGUAUUCAACCCUGAAGAGGAAGAUAUGUUAGUGAACUACGUGAUCUUCGCCUCGCAGAUUUAUUAUGGACUGACUACUAAAGAAUUCAGGAAAUUAAGUUUUCAAUUCGCUCUCCAGAAUAGUAUCAACUGCCCCAAAACGUGGCAUGAAAACAAAACAGCAGGUGUAGAAUGGUGUGCAAAAUUCUUGAAAAGGCACCCACAGCUUUCCAUUAGGACACCAGAAGGAACCAGCCUAAGCAGAGCCACAAGCUUCAAUAAGGCAAAUGUUGACACCUUCUUCGACAACUUGGGAGCCGUUCUUGACAAGUAUAAGUUUGCAGUCAAUGACAUAUACAACUGUGACGAGACCGGGGUCACCACAGUUCAGCAGCCGAGAAAGAUCAUAGCCCAAAAAGGUGUCAAACAAGUUGGAGCUGUCACAAGCGCAGAGCGUGGGACGCUUGUGACUGUCUGUUUUGCUGUGAGUGCAAGCGGAAACAGCAUACCUCCAAUGCUUGUCUUCCCUCGAGUGAACUUUCGAGAGCAUUUCAUAGCUAACGGCCCACCUGGAUUCUGUGGUUCUGCUAAUCCGAGUGGUUGGAUGAAGGAAGAUGACUUCCUAAAGUUCCUCAAACACUUUCAGGAAGUGACCAGGUGCACCAAGGAUCAUCCAGUGUUGCUGCUGCUGGAUAAUCACGAGUCUCAUGUUGCACUUUCUGUCAUAAAUUUCUGCCGCGACCAUGGUAUAGUGCUUGUCUCUUUCCCACCUCACUGCUCCCACAAGCUUCAACCGCUUGAUCGAAGCGUGUUUGGCCCAUUCAAGAAAUUCGUCAAUGAGGCCAGUGAUGGAUGGAUGAAGUCUCAUCCGGGGAAGACAAUGACCAUUUAUGACAUUCCAGCAAUAGUGAAGGAAGCUCUUCCGCGGGCUGCAACUGCGACCAACAUCCCUAAGGGGUUCCAAUGCACAGGAAUUGCGCCAUUCGACCGCAACAUUUUCGAUGAAAGCGAGUUCCUUCCAAACUAUGUAACUGAUCGCCCACAUGAGGCCACCCAAGCUGAACCAGCUGAGGUAACUUCAGAUGAACCUGCUGAAGUUGUUCCAGAGGAACCAGAACUCGUCCACCCAGAUGAGGUCCGUCAAGAUGAGUCACACCCACAUACAGAGCAAAAUGUAGGUUCUCCUAUGCUGCAGGAUCAACAUAGCAUGCAGCCAGGACCAAGCAGAGAUGCACCUAGAAUGACGACAAUCACCAAGUCUCCUGAAGUCAUCGCGCCUUUCCCUAAAGCAGGUCCAAGGAAGCAGGCACGAGGUGGUAGACGAAAGCGGAUGUCAGCCAUUCUUACCAGCACACCAGAGAAAGAGAAGCUGGAACAAGAACAACAGCAGAAGAAGCAGGCCAAAACAAGCCAACUAAAAAAAGGGUGA